AUGGCUCAGAGGGACCAUUGCAGAGAGCUACUUGUCUUUUGGUGCUUUGGAGUUUACAAGAUCACAGCUAUGAUUGCUAAGUAUUCCAUGGGGAAAUGUUUAUGUCUUUGGUGGUGUCAACCUUUAUUGCGUCUCGGGUGGUUGGUUACCAAGCAAUGGGCGAUUUCUCUGGAGAAUGUCAGCCAAGUCUUUUAUGAGUGGAUUGUAUCAGCAACAAACAACAGCAUCCAUAUCGUUGGUUCCAUAUCAAGCUUUAUCCCAUCAUCUGGUUCUUCUCGUUAUCGGCAAUUCGGUGGGCAUCCUGAAAUGAAGGUCUCUUAUCGAUUGAUCACAUCAGCAACAAGGAACAACUUGUAUAUCUUUGAUAUCAGCAAGCUUUCUAUCUCUUGGUGGUUCUGGUUAUUGGCGAUUCCUUUGAUGGAUCUCUACAGCUAUACGUGUCUUAUGGAUGGAUAA